AUGACGUUGAAUUUUGGUAGGCUUUGCACUCGAAACACGCUCAUAGGUCUGGGUUUGGGACAAUUUCUUUCUCUCCUCAUCACUUCCACAGGAUUCACUUCUUCUGAAUUGGCUAAAAAAGGAAUUAAUGCUCCCACUUCACAGUCGUUUCUCAACUAUGUGUUCUUGACGCUUGUCUAUGGAACUAUUCUCCUACAUCGAAGAAAACCACUCAAGGCAAAAUGGUACUAUUAUGUAAUUCUCGGAUUGGUUGAUGUAGAAGCAAAUUUUCUUGUUGUGAAGGCAUACCAAUACACCUCACUUACAAGUGUGAUGCUACUUGACUGCUGGUCAAUUCCGUCCGUCAUGCUUCUAACAUGGCUUUUCUUGAAGACUAAAUAUAGAUUCAAAAAAAUUACUGGUGUAGUUGUUUGCGUUGCUGGCCUUGUCCUGGUUGUGUUUUCUGACGUUCAUGCAGGUGACCGUGCAGGUGGAAGCAGUCCUCGUAAAGGCGACCUUCUUGUUAUUGCUGGGGCUACAUUGUAUGCAAUCAGUAAUGUCAGUGAGGAAUUUCUUGUAAAAAAUGCUGAUAGAGUUGAGCUUAUGGCGAUGUUAGGUCUCUCUGGUGGCAUUAUUAGUGCCAUUCAAAUAAGCAUACUUGAGCGCAAUGAACUUAAAUCUAUUCAUUGGUCGGCAGAGGCAGCGCUUCCUUUUGUUGGAUUUGCAGUGGCCAUGUUUAUGUUUUAUUCUUUAGUCCCUGUUCUGCUUAAGAUCAAUGGUUCUACCAUGCUUAAUCUGUCUCUGUUGACCUCAGACAUGUGGGCUGUCUUAAUUCGCAUUUUUGCAUACCAUGAAAAGGUUGAUUGGAUGUACUUUGUGGCAUUUGGUGCCGUUACCAUUGGGCUUGUCAUCUAUUCAGGUGGGAACAGAGACGAGGAUCAGCACCCUCCAAAUUCUGCGGAUGAUCUUCGCCCUGGAGUCAAACAGGAUGAGGAAGCCAAUUCAGGAAAUCAUAGUAAAGGAAAUACAGCUGGAAGCUCAAAAACCUGGGUAGCUUAG